UUUGGAACGUACAUUAUAUUGCACUACUUGUAAAAUAACAUUCUAAGUAACCUAAUCUGUCAUAUUCAAGCCCAAAACAUGAGCCAGGGACAGCCACAAAGACGCCGACCGGACCAGUCCGAGGUUCAGGAACCCAUAAAAUACGGAGACGUCUUCAAUGUCUCCGGCGAAUUGGCUGACAGGCCCGUCGCGCCACGCGAUGCCGCCGCUGCCCAAGCUGCUGAAAACCUAGUCCUUGGAGAGAAUCCGAGGGGUGGCCCAGCUGCUGUCAUGCAGUCGGCAGCUACGUACAACGAGCGCUUUGGCCUUGUUGGCCACCUUGACUCCACUAAAGUCGCCCGAGAGGAAGGCGUCACCGUUACUGAAACAAUUAAUCCCGAUGGCAACCGGGUUGUCACUGAAAAAGUUGCUGGACAGGUUGUGGCCCAAUAUGUGGAGCCACCGGUGCCAAUGGCAUCUCCAGGAGGAGCGCUUGAUCGAGAUGCUAUUACAAUUGGUGAAACGCUGGAGGCCAGUGCUCUGACGGCAGGAGACAAACCAAUUGAACAAAGCGACGCCGCUGCAAUACAAGCUGCUGAAAUGAGAGCCACUGGACGCAAUGAGAUAGCACCCGGAGGUGUGGCGGGUGUAGCUCAGUAUGCAGCCUCUGUUAACCCGCGCGACGUCAAUAAAACGAAACUUGGUGACGUGUUAGAGGAUGCAACUGAGAAGUUGCCUGCGGACAAACCUGUGACUAGAGAGGAUGCAAAGGCGGUGAUAGGAGCAGAGAUACGGAACAGUACAAAUAUGGCCACCACUCCAGCCGGAGUUGAUGAAUCGCAGGCAGCAGCUGCUGGGCUUAACCAGAAUGGGGAAUAAACUUAUUACUACUAUUUCAAUAUUGUACAUAUAUGCAUGCAUGUUAAAGUUCGGGGGUAAGAAUAUGGGUUGAAAGUUUUCUGUGUGGAUAAGUCGCGGUUACUUCUGUUGUACUACUACGUUUCUACAAGAAUGUAAACAUAAAAAAAAUCAACCUUGUAAUGUAAAUACCUCGUUUAAUGUCAACAUGUUUCUCUUGUUUUGUUAGAAA